GAAGGUCCGAUUGAAAGUCGAGAGGACGCUGCUCAUGCGCACGGACAGGCUCCGAAAAUUAUGUUAACGAUGUAUCUGGUCUUCACGCCCUGACACUCCAGUAAUCGAUUAUUUUGAGCUAGUCCGUACUCCUUUAGUAAACUGAGUUAAUAUGGAGUCCAGCUCAGCUCAGGCGUCUGGCGCUGAGUUCACCGUUGAAGCCGUGGAGAGGGCUCUCCAUCAGUUGUACUAUGAUCCUGACAUGGCCCAGAAGAGCGUCGCUCAGAAGUGGCUGACUCAGGCGCAGAUGUCUCCACAAGCCUGGCACUUCUGCUGGGUCCUCCUGAGCCGGGACAAGGUCCCAGAGGUCCAGUUUUUCGGAGCAAGCACGCUGUAUGCCAAAAUCUCCAGGAGCUGGAGUGACCUCCCCACAGAGCAACACGGCUCCCUCAAGACCCAGCUCAUCUCCCAGGUCGGCCAUUUCGCCAGUGGCCCCAAGAUGGUGCUGACGAGGCUGUGUGUGGCCCUGGCCUCCCUGGUCCUCCACCUCAUGCCAAACACGUGGCCCACCGCCGUGCCCGACCUGCUUCGGGAGUUCCAGAGCGGACAGGCCAUCACCGGGGCCGACGGGCGCGUCCGCUGCCUGGCUGUGCUGGAGCUCCUAGCCGUGCUCCCGGAGGAGUUCCAGAACAGCAAGAUGCCAGCCGCACGCCGCACCCAGCUGCGGACCGCCCUGGCUAGGCAGUGGAGUACUGUCUGCCCCCUGCUGCAACAGCUGCUGAGGCAGGCCGACUCCCCGGCCCAGGUGAAGAUGAGGGUGCUGCGGUGCCUGGCCUCCUGGAUGGCUCUGGACGUCUCCCUGGGGGACAGCGAGGGGCUGCUGCAGGACAGCUUCUCCACGCUGGCAGACCCAGAGCUGUUUGACACGGCAGUGGAGACUAUAGUGAGCACCAUCUCCCAGCCAGACAGCCACAGGUUUGCCGACACCUUGGUUAAGUUGAUGCCUCAAGUUCUAGGCCUGCAGGAUCAGCUGAGGAAGGCUGUGGAGACGGGCGACAUGGAGACCUCUCACGGCAUCUGCAGGAUCGCGGUCGCUCUUGGGGAGACACACUGCAGGACCCUUCUGGAACAUGUGGACCAGUGGCAGGAUUUUCAGGCCUUGGUCAACAUGAUCCUGUACUGCACCGGCAUCCCUGGGCACUAUCCUGUAGAUGAGACCAGCAGCUCUCUCACUCUCACCUUCUGGUACACGCUGCAGGACGAAAUUCUGUCCUUUGAUGCAGAUCGCCAGGCACUUUACCUCCAGGUGUACAGGCCCCUGUAUUUCCAGCUGGUCGACGUUCUCCUGCACAAAUCCCGUUUUCCCAGCGAUGAGGGAUACGCCUCUUGGUCCUCUGACGACAAGGAGCAGUUCAGAAUCUACAGGGUAGACAUCUCAGACACACUGAUGUAUGUAUAUGAUCUGCUGGGGCCUGAGUUGCUUAGGAACCUUUAUGACAGACUUGGCCGACUCCUGACAGACACGGGACGAACAGCCGCCUGGCAGGAUAUAGAGGCACUUCUGUUUGGGUUUCAGUCCAUUGCUGAGACCGUAGACGUCAGUUACUCUGAUGUCAUCCCUGGACUGAUCGGCCUGAUCCCCCUGAUCAAUGUUACCAACGUGGAGCUGGCAGACACAGUCAUGUUCACCAUAGGCUCACUGGGGGAGUGGCUGGCAGACCACCCUCUCAUGCUCGGGGGGAUUCUGCCCGUGGUGCUCCAGGCCCUGAGCAAUGCGGACCUGUCCGUGUCCAGCGUCUCCGCCCUGAAGAGAAUCUGCCGCGAGUGCCGGUUCAGCCUCCAGCCCCAUGCCGACAACAUCCUGGCGGCCACGCAGGAUGUUCUUGUCAAACAGAUCCACAAGAGUGCCCAGUGUAUGUGGCUCAUGCAGGCCCUGGGGUUCCUGAUCUCGGCCCUGCCAGGAGAGCAGAUCCUGGGCAAACUGCUGCCCCUGCUCAGCCCUCACCUCCAGCAGCUGGGGCAUUUGACAAAGGAGACGGUACGGUCAACCUGAGCUUAGAGAGUGGUGGUACUUUUCACUACCACACAGAAGGGGACUCAGUC